UUGAGCAAGAAAAUGAGGGAAAAAGAGUAUCCACUGAAUGAAGUAUAAGUGAUCAAAUCAUCUUGGAGAAUAUUGACUAAAUAAGUUUGAUGGAAUUCCAAACAACCACUUUUGGUUGGGCCAAAUUUUUUUUUUUUUAGCUUAAAUAAAAGGUUUAAUUUUAAAUAUUUCAGAAAAAAAUGACUCACACUGAAGACUCAGAGCACUUUGAAAUUGGAAGAUAUCAAGGAUUCGGAAAUGGCACGAGGAAGGUUGUUUUCAAUAAAGAAAAGAAUGGAGAACUGAGAGAGAUUGGAUCUCAGAAAAAAUUCGCCAUGAAUAAUUUUGACACAAUUUACAAUGGAAUUGGAGAAAUGUUCCAGCGACCGAAACCUGACCGAACUCCGUCUAUGAAUCCACGAAUCCCGAAGCCCAGGAGUGGUCCUGGAUCUGUUCUACGAACUCUGGCACUUUACGGGGGUGAAGAUACCUAUUAUACCAACAAAGAAAUCCAAAAAAUGGUUUCCACCUUCUGUGAGGGUUAUUAUUGUCCUACAAAAGAUGCACUGGAUACAGCUCUGAGCCCAAACAGUCUUCAAAGACGAGGAUGGAUUAAAAGGAAACAGAAUAAAUACUGUAUUACACAAUCGGGACUUGAAAUAGCUGACAAAAUUGAACAGGCUCUGAACUUGCAAGAAGUCAGCUCCGAGAGAGAUAAUUCUAAGAACGAUGAAGAAAUGAACAUAGAAGAGGAAACUAUCGGAGAUUGUAUAGUUAUUAGCGAAAUCCCUUUGCCUCCAGAUGACGUGGAAGUAGCAGGAGAUGCUGAAUCUGAGGAACUGAUCCCAAAAGAAGAAAUAAAAGAAGAAGUAGAUGACACCUUGGAAGAUGCUUCUGACAGCACUAUGGAAGAUGCUUCUGACAGCACUAUGGAAGAUGCUUCUGUUAAUACUACGAAAAAUGCUUCUGAUAAUGCUAUGGAAGAUGCCUCUAAUGCAAUGGAACAUGCUUCUCAGCUUGUUGAAGUUACCAUGAGAAUCGAACCUUCUCCACGUGUGUCCAAGCCUCCUAAGUUCAACGGAGCACCUGGAUACAUCCUCAGAGCUCUGGAUAAAUAUUACACCGAGGGCAAAGAAUACAGCAAAUGGGGUAUUCAAGAGGAAGUCGUGAAAUUUUGCGAAUCGUUAAACAUAAAUUUGGAAUCAAUUCCAACACCCUUCGCGAUACAAGGAGCCUUGAGGACAAAAUCUGCCAAAAACAGUACUCGGACUCUCCAGGAGAAUGGUUGGAUUUUGAAAAACCAGGAUGAAUACCGGAUAACAGGGUUAGGACGGAGAAUAGCAGACAAAUUGAACAAGGAGGCAGCUGCAUACAAGAAUUUCCGCGGGUAUUCGGCCCAUGUCGGACAAGAGUAGAAUUAAGCACUGUAAAGAUCUGUACAUAAACUCUUCAUGUACUCUUUACAUUGUACAUAUAUAUAUACACCAAUAUAGUACUUCUAUAUGAAUAUUAUUAAAAUAUAUUUUUUUUAAAUCUACAAAAUUAAUCGACCAAAUUUUUAAAGGAUAAAUUUUUUUACGAAUAGAAAGAAAUUUUGUCCUCAAAACUUUAUCCUCUUUAAUUAACUUAUUUCCAAUUACUUUUUCAAAUCCUUGAAACUAAUACAUUUAACCUGAUAAAUUUUCAUUUAAAUAAAAAGAUAAAAUACAAAAAAAAAUCCAUCACAGAACCUUGUAUGGAUUAAAGUUGAACUGAAAUAGUACAAAAGAACAAACACAGUUAAAAAAAAAAUUAUAAAACUAAAUUUUCUGAAACGUAUUAAUUUUCAAUGUAUGUAUGCAAUGCACCGGUACGUAUGAAUUAAUGUUAUGAAUGCUACUAAUCUUAGCGAUUUAAUACGUUUCAGAAAAAUGUAUCAAAGUAUUUUUAAAGAACGUGUUAAAAUGCAGUAAUCGAAAUCGGGAUGAAACAGUAGGAGGAACUUGAAGUUCUACCUCAUGAAACGAAAGAGAUAUCGGCAAAAUUCGGUUGAAAAUUAACUUCAGUUCAGGCACAA